AUGCACGUCAAUAAAGUCGGUCUGAAAGGCCCUCUCGAAACACCGGUCGGUAAAGGACAUCGCUCGCUGAAUUUAGCUGUUCGAAAAACAUUUAAUCUGUACGCUAACGUACGUCCGUGCAGAUCGUUGGUGGGUCAUAAAACGCUGUAUGAUGAUGUUAAUGUUGUAACGAUUCGUGAAAAUACGGAAGGAGAAUAUUCGGGAAUUGAGCAUGAGAUCGUUGACGGUGUCGUGCAAAGUAUAAAACUGAUCACAGAAGAAGCAUCAAGUCGCAUUGCUAAAUUCGCAUUCGAGUAUGCAUCCAAGAAUGGUCGUCGUAUGGUGACUGCAGUUCACAAAGCGAAUAUAAUGCGCAUGUCAGAUGGCCUCUUUCUGAAUAUGUGCCGUAAAGAGGCACCCAAUUAUCCGAACAUCAAAUUCACUGAAGCCUACUUGGAUACCGUCUGCUUAAAUGUUNUAAAUAUGGUACAAGAGCCGAAUCAAUACGAUGUGUUGGUAAUGCCGAAUCUGUACGGCGAUAUUCUAUCGGACCUUUGUGCAGGUCUUAUUGGUGGCUUGGGUGUUACGCCAUCGGGCAAUAUCGGUCAGGAUGCUGCCGUUUUUGAGUCUGUUCACGGCACAGCACCUGAUAUCGCUGGACAGGACAAAGCAAAUCCAACCGCUCUCCUUCUAUCGGCUGUAAUGAUGCUGCGCUAUAUGAAUUUACCUGAGUAUGCCGAUAAGAUUGAAAAGGCAUGUUUCGACGCGAUUGCCGAAGGUAACGCAAAAACUGGAGAUUUGGGUGGNGAUAUCUGCGCUCGAAUACGUAAUAUGGACUGA